AUGGAAACAUCCCAUCCCUUCGAUCCUGCGGGUACCCUGUUGGAAGGGGGUCUUGCUCGCAGGGGCUAUCGCCUUUUGGGGAGCCGUAGUGCCCAGAAGGAAGAGCUGCACAGCCUGCUGAGAAAGACCGAAGGCGAAGCGUUGGAGUUCUCCUCUCAGCAGCAGAACUUGGCGGAGGAGAACUCCCAGCUGAGGGGCUCCCUGCAGCGAGAGACAUCAGCCCUCCUGGCUGCACAGGCCGAACUACACUUUCUCCAGGGAAAACUGCGAGGGAUGGCAGGCGAGGGGGGUGGCACCAAGCCCUCGGGACACGGGGAAGAGAAACCGUCAGCAGAACAUCAGCAGGACCAGGUUGGGAAGCCGGAAACAGAAGUCCGCCGGCUGCGCUCCCUGCUGGAGUCAGUUUCCCAUGACCUGGCCAAGGUUGUACAGUACACUCCACCCGGCGGCGGGGUUGAAGGCCUGCGAACAGAGCUGAGCACUGUUCAGCAGAAACUGGCCCAGGGACUGGAGCGCCCUGGGGAAGCCAAACCGUCGUGGAGGGAGGCCCACAAGGCCAGGCGAGGCAAGGAAAGGACCUGGCCGAAGCGACACGAGGGCCAGGGGGGGCCGUGGCCUGGAUCCCCCAAGGUCGGCCCCCUAAAAGUGUGACUCCACUAUUCAGCCUAUGGCUUCCCUAAGGCGCCGUGGACAUGGCCUUCGCCCUAAGAAACAAUUUUGAGCCGCUGGGAUGCCAAGCCGGCCAAGGAGAGGGAGCCUCAGAACGUUGGACGGAAGGCCCGGAAGCCUGCUGAGCCCAAUGCAUUGUGGGCGCUGCUGACCGGACACCAUUUCCGGGCUCCCCAGGGCUGCGCCGGCAUCACCGAGUGUGCCCAGCAGGAGGGGCUCGUGCCAGUGCAGAAAACCAACUUCCUGCAGAUUCUACAGACCUACCUGGCCGGGGUGGGCUGGGCAGAGUAUUAUGGGGGGCUGGCGGCUGCACUGGAGGGCUUCUUCGGCAGCGACGGGGCCUUCGCCCACAACCGCACUAGCUUUGUGGAGUUUCUGGAUGAAGUUGAGGAUGUCCUGGAGGACCUGGCCGAGCUGCAGGGGGGCAGCGACGAGGCCCUCGAUGAUUUUGAGGAGGUGGUCCUGAGGCAACUCAGAGCAGCACCGGGGGGCAGGUUUGUGCAACGAGACAGCGCCCAGCGGAAUCCGAAGGAACGGCCGCGGGAGGGUCACGGCCGUCGGAACGGCAGAGAGGGCAGCCACCGAGGCCACGGCUAGAACCACGGAUCUGCCAAUACUGAGAUGGGGAGGGGGGGGAAAGCGGACUUUAACAAGGACCUUUUCUUAGCCCGCCAUGAAGAUGACGAAAUUGCUCUGAUGCUGGAAUAUUGCAAGGGAAAUAGGCAGUUCGGAUCUCUCCCCCCAGGCGCCAAGUUCUGAUGUGGAUUCGCCCAAAUCCCUUUCCUUCUUUCCUCAUGGUGGAUUCGAAGCCCACCAGUCUGCCCAGAGGGAGUGUUCAGUCAGUAGUGGCCAGCGGUAGUGCCGUAGCCAACCACUUCCCUUGUGCCGGGGGAAGGUUUCUCCACCCAAGUGCUCCGCCUUUGCCAGUCUGCCGUUGAGCAAGCUAAGAGGAACUGUCUUCUGAGGAUGAAGGAAAAGCUGCCCGUUUGCAUCUGUACAAACCCAGGCCAGUGACAGAAUUUAGGAGCUCUUAUCUUAUUGUCAUCCCAGGGUAGCCGUGUGACACAAAGGCGAGUUUGGCUGUACAGGUCAAGGCAAGCAACAUUCAAAGGGUGGUUUGCCAUUUCCUGCCUCUGCAAUACAACCCCUAACUGCUUUGGCCACCUCCCAUCCAAGUAUUAACAAGGGCUGAACCUGCUUAGCUUCCAAGUUCUGAGGAGAUCGGACCUGCACGGCCAACGCAAGCAACGUUUGCCAUUUCCUGCCUCUGCAUAGCAACCCCUACUUUGGCCACCUCCCAUCCGAAUACUAACCAGGGCCAAACCUGCUUAGUUUCCAAGCUCUAAGGAGAUCGGGUCAGCUUGGGCCAUUGGAGCUUUCGACGGGAUAGUAAUAGCUGCCCUCCUCUGCUCCGAUUCUGCAAACGUGUUAUGUGUCUGUGACAACUCCCGAUUUCACCAUUUUAGUUGAAAAGAGAGGGGUGAAAACACAAAUCCCCCUUCUCUCCUUGGGAUUGGCACCCUUACCCUCCCCUCCCUCUUGCCACUACACUAACCUCCCGUUUCCCCUCAAAACUAUUUGCACUGUGAGUGUGGCAGAAACCAAAUAAAGGCACAUUGUCUGAAAGAAA